AUGGCGGGGAACUACCCUUCGUUCCAAAAUCCAAUCCCUAGAUUCCAAAAUUACAACUUUGCGAGCGGCUCAUCUCAUCAUCAUGGCUUAGUGGUGGAGGAUCAACAUCAAGAAGAAGACAUGACGAUUAAAGAACAAGACAGGCUACUUCCGAUUGCAAACGUAGGAAGAAUCAUGAAGAACAUUCUCCCACCAAACGCAAAGAUCUCUAAAGAAGCGAAAGAGACGAUGCAAGAAUGUGUCUCUGAGUUCAUAAGCUUCGUCACCGGAGAAGCCUCCGACAAAUGCCACAAGGAGAAGAGAAAGACUGUUAAUGGAGACGAUAUCUGUUGGGCUAUGGCAAAUCUAGGGUUUGAUGAUUACGCCGACCAGCUCAGGAAGUACUUACAUCGCUACCGGGUUAUUGAAGGUGAGAGAGCUAAUCAUCAAGGCAAAGGAGGAGCUAAAUCCUCGCCGGACAAUCAACUAAUCGGUGAUUGA